GAUGAGGGCAGUGCUUUUUACUCCAUCACAAAACAAUACACAGGAAGUUGUGUUUAUCACUGGACCAAUCAACUGUGAGGUUAUUACAAGCUGUGUGUAGCAGGUCAGGUCUGUAGAAACAGCAUUCUUUUAUUUUAUGACAUAAUCGUGUAUUGAUCUACUUGAGUCAUUUUUGUUAAAAUUAACUUUAUAGAACCAACAAUCUUCUAACAUAACCGAAGCAAAGCAAGAACGCGGAAGCUAGAACAGCUACUGUUAGCAAUCGCUGCUUAGCUGCGUUAGCUUAGAGGACAUGAAAACCUGGUAGCUUACAGGAGCAUUUAUUUUAAAGAAGCAACUUUUAGGGUAUGAAGACAUGUCAGUUAGAAACUAAACGUAUUUAUGUUGACAUAUAGUGUUAAAUAAGCCUGUCGGAUUACGAGUCCGAUGUCUUUAUAUAUUGGAUUUCCCCAUUACGCUGCGUGAGUUAAGGUUAGCGUAAUAAGGUUAGCUUAGCUGCUACAUACACGACAACAUCCAGCAAACUGGACAAAACAUUGGAUUUAGUGGGCUUUAAAUCGGGCUCGGCUGGUUCGCUGACCCCUCAGAAGAAAAUGAAGAAGAGGAAGGAACUGAAUGCCUUGAUCGGACUCGGAGACAGUAAGCGAAAGAAGACUAAGAAGGGGUCAGGGCACCGACUUCUUCGAACCGAACCACCGGGCUCGGAGUCAGAAUCGAGCUCGGAGGAUGAUGACUUCAACAACUUGAACGGCGGAAAUAACUUUGGAAAAAGAAGCUACUCACAGUGCUGCAACGUGUGCUACCCAUUGUUUUUGUUCAUCAUACUAGCUGCCUGUGUUAUGGCUUGUGCUGGACUCAUAUGGAUGCAAAUUGCACUGAAGGAAGAUUUAGACUCACUGAAGGAAAAGCUGCAUAGCAUGGAAUCCAGCCAGAAGGUGUCAUCGAGUGAAAUACCCAAAAUAAGCGAGGAUCUGAAAAACAAAGAGAAAAAACUUGAAGACAUUGAAAACGGGGACAAGGGAUUGAGUAAACUCUGGUCUAAUCUCACAGAAAUGAAUCGCAAGAUCACAUCUCUGGAUUCAGCUGUUAACCAUUUGAAAACCAGUCUGAAAUCCUCUGCUGAUUUAAUUGGCCUUCCAACCACUGUUGAAGAGCUUCAGAAGAGUGUCGCCACAAUUGGUAGCACGCUCACAAGUGUACAGCAUGACGUGGAAACAAUGAAGGCUUCUCUUGAAAGUCAGAAGAAAGACAACGAGCCCAAAAAGACCGUGGACAUCACAGACCUAAAAAGAGCCAUGGGUGAAGUCAAUAAGAGUGAGGAGCAGCACCACAUGUGGACUGAUGAGCAGAUCCACAUUCUUCUGUCUACUGUUGCAGACCUCCAUCAAAGAGUGGCCUCAUUAGAGAAUGGGUCAAAGCACAGCUUGCAGUAUAAUGACACAGUACAUUCACCGGCUGUCAGCAGUAAAGAGCCUGAAACUAAGACGGUGACAGAAACAACAGCACUGAAAGAAACAACUCAGGAUUUGGAAGACAUGUCCACACCACUGACAGUUCUCCAGACCAGCAGACGUCCUCGCUUCUUGACUCCAAGGCGAUCUAGGAGGAAUGCUGGAAUAAAAUGUCCAGGGAGGGUGUUGCUGCCUGGUGUCACUUCUCUGACAGACCUUGAAGACAUCUACCGGCGAGCCGGAGUCGGACGCGACUCCCUUGGACUUACUUACCAAGACCUGAAGAUCCUGUUUGGGGCGUCGACUCCCAGCGAACAUGCCGUGGCAUGCUUUGAUGACGGAGACCGGAGGUACUCCCUCGAGGAGCUGAGAGCUGCUGUGGGUUUGUGAGCCCAGUGUCACUGAGAGCAGAGAACAGUAUUGAACACCCAGCAGGGUCUGGGAGCGGGUCUGGGAUUCCCAGCCCUUAUCUGUAGUUGCUGCACCUUCUGUGAACUGAAUAUUUAUCAUUUUGAUGGUGGUAAAAGUGGCAAGUGGCACUGGUAUGCCGUACUCUCACACCUCUCCCCCAGGCCCACUCAAGUAGAUUGUCAGCAAAAACAAAAUUUAUUACAUUUUAGGAGUUAUCCAUACAGGUGUCUGUAAAAUCAGAUCUUGUUUUAACCAGUUCCUGGAAUCAUGUUUGUAGACCUUGAAUAAGUCCUGUUUUCCACCCUAGGGCUUCAACUUGAAGUGUUUCUGUUAUAUAAUUGUGUUUAGUUUUCUUUUUUUCUUUUCAUUUUGUCUCAUCCUGAUGUAAUGAUUAUUGUUUAAAGUAUUUUAGGAUGCACCUACCAGCUAUCGCAGAUGUUCCCAUGUGUACAUAAACACCUGGUUCAGCUCAGCUAAAGCUUGUUUGUAGGAUGUGGAAAAGGACUUUUUAUGAAUGUUUACAAAUGACUACUAGAAAUGGCUUUUUUGAGGUUUUCUUUGUGUUUUUAGACAGUUUCCUAACUUAUCUCAGAAACAAUCAAGUAUACGAAGUCAAAACUUUUGUAUGCUCUUUUCUAAGCUAAAACUAAAGUUUGGAGUGCUUUCCUCCUCCUUUUGAGUUGUGAUCAUGUACUUAGUCCAUCUGUGCAUUUAUCUGUAGUUUUGUUGCAUAUUGUUUUUGUUUUUCUCAUUUCUUGAUGUUUCGCAGAUUUGAAGGGCUACAGACCCGUUACAAGAAUUUUUAAGGGUUAUUUAUGAGGCAUAUGUAGCAAUAAGUGAAGUACUGCCGUGGAAUGAAGGCACACCAAGCUCACAAUAUGUAACGGGUAGUGUGAGAAACACUGACCAUCACCAUUUACUUGAUACAUUUUAUUGCAUUAUAGAGGACCUAAUUAUGUGUGCAUUCAUAAAAUGGCCAUAUUCAGACUUGUUAUAUUGUCAGAGGGGUUGGGUUGUUUAAAAUUUAAUCACAGAAAUACUUGACGAGGCUUUUUUUUGUCGAUACUGAUUCGUUCUCUUUAAGUCCUGACCUUUUGGUUCAAGAAAACAUGCUUAAGGUUAAUUGACAGAAUUAAUAGUUUAAAAUUCAUCAGAGAAUUGAUUAAUUGGGUCACUAUAAAGAUACAUCUCAACGAAUUAGAAUGUUUUUGAAAUGUUUAUUUACCACAGUAAAUAAAGUCAAAAUCAGAUUCAUCACAUAUAGACAAAUUGUUUAAUAAUAUGAGUGACAGCAAAGGAAAACUCACAAUGUACUUUCUCAGAUACUAAUUUUGUGUUUGCAAUAGACUACAAGACCAAUAAAAAAACUAAGGAAUUUAUACUACUGGUCAACCAAAAAUACCCAGGUACUGUCCAGUUUAUGGACUCGAUCUUGAUUGGGUAUUUGGGUCUCCCACACUUUCAUCAUCCUCUUGACGAUAAAUCUGGAAAGUUUACUUACUAAACAUACUGAGAUAAAAAGGUCUUUAAACAAGGUUUUGGUACUUCAGACAGUUCCAAAUGUUUAGAACGUUCCAAAUUCUAUUGGAACAUUAAAUCAGCAGUUUUCCUUCCACUCACCUUUCUGUAAUAUGCUUGCAUAUUACAGAAAUCAGCUGGCUCAGUGAAGAGCCAGAUUAUUUUUGCUGUGGUACAUUUCUAUUCAAAAUCCUUUAUAUUUGGUCUUUAAUAUUUAAAUUUUCUGAGAAGCUAAAAUUUGGGUCUUCGGUAGCUGUAAGAAAUCAUCAAAAUUACCAGUAAUAAACACUUUUACUGUUUUAAAUCUUAAGAGUUUCACUUUUCUGUUAAAUUUCUUAAAUAACCUUUUGAUAUUUUAGGUUUGAUGCACUUUUAUGCUAAUAUGUUCAUAAUCUUAGCUAAAAAAAUGCAUCUGACUACACACUCGAUUAAUACCUCUUUAGACCAAAAAUUUUGUGUUCUCCAUUUUUAUGCUUUAAAUUAAAAAGAUAUUAGGGGUCUAACUGAUCUGUAAUUGAUCUUAUCAAGGUAAUGGUUACCAUUUGAUUAUGGCAUGUUUGUUAAAUUCACCAUGUUAACAUGAGUACAUACAUAAAUGUUUUUCAGGAUGAAGGUUAGUCAAGCUUUUGUGUCACAGAGAUUUUUGGGUCCACAAUGCAACUGUAAAUGAGAUUUUAUGAAUGCUUUUUUGUUUGAGCACCAAUGAAUAAAGACAGUUAAAGACUUGA